AUUCCAUCGAUUGUAUUUAAAAGAAGAUCAUCAUAAAUGGUGUUGUCAUUAGAUCAUUUGACUGUGUUCCAAAAUGCAUCGUAUAACAUUAAUUUCGUUUUUAGUUUUGGCUACCACCGUUUCAUUGGCUGUUUCCGAAUCAGGCCUUUGUUCAUGGUACAAUGCCCGAAGAGGAGCCAAAACAGCCAAUGGUGAAGGAUUCGAUCCGAAUGCCAUGACUGCUGCACAUAAAACCUUGCCAUUCAACACUAAAGUUCGUGUGACCAUUGGCAGUCGACAUGCAGUAGUACGAAUCAAUGAUCGUGGUCCAUUUGUUAAAGGAAGAAUUUUGGAUGUAACUCCUAAAGUUGCCGAUAUACUUAAUCUGCGACAAAAAGGUGUUGCCCAAUGUACUGUUGUCAGAGCUUGAACAACAACAACAAAAAUAAAUUGAUCAAAUUUUGCAGAUUUCUUAAUUGAUAACCAAGAUCUUUUUUCUUGUUGAAUGAAAAAAACAAUGAAUAAAUUACAUUGAAAAUAUUAA